AUGGUGGAGACCCAGGAGGCGGAGGUCUCACAGCAGGAGGUGGAGGUAAUCCGCAAUGAGAUCGCAAAGCAACAGGCGCAGCUGGAUGCAGAACGCAAGCGCGCGGAGGCGGAGCGGAAGCGCGAGCUGCAGGAGCGGCUCCACCUGGAGCAGGCCCAGGGACUGCGGCGCAUCCAAGGCUGGCCCUUGAACAACGACUGGAUCAAGCUGGCGCUUGAGGAUGCCAAGUUCCGCGUGGAGGGCGGCUUCACCUUUGGCACGGUCGCCAAGUGCCGACUGAUCACGGACGACGACGUCCGCGAGGUGAAGGCGCUGCCAGAGGUCAGGCCCGAGGGCACGAAGGUGCACGUGCAGCUCGUAAAUUCGGGGCCGACGGUGUACAGCUGGGCUCCCACCUCGCUGUCGAGCAGGCCAGCUUGCAGGACCCCAGGCGCCCAUGGAGGAGCUUCCGGCGGAGCCUGCGGCGGUGGAGCCUGGGAGCCUGUGGCGGAGCCUGUGGCGGAGCCGGCGGCAAAAAAGUCUGCGACGGCCUCCACGGCGGCCUCCACAGCGGAGGAGGAGGAGGAGGAGGAGGAGGAGGGCGAGGAAGUGGCGGGUCUGCCGGUGCGCCGCGUGACGCACAAGAACGUGGUGGCUGGCGCUGGCGGCGCGGACGCUGGAGCAGUACAGGGCGGACCUGGCAAUCCUCACGGCCAGGAUCGAGGACGGGACCGUGGAGGGCUGCCGGCUGCGCUGCAGCACGAACAGGCGGACGAAGUGAAGUCUCACCCACGGGGGGCAGGGCGCCAUCAGCUCGGUGGACCGGCGCCACCGCGUCUUCGCUUCGCGCGGCUGAAGCAGGACGUGAAGGUGGCCUGGGCCCUGCGGGCCUGCGGCGCCAGCUUCCUGGACCCGCACCUGCUGGCCUGGCGGGCGCGGGAGGCGGAGGCGGAGGGCAGCGAGCUCAAGCCGGAGAGGCUGGAGAGGGCCGCGCAGCAGCCGGAGGUCGCUGCGGGCCCUCUGCGGCAACAGGUUCCACACAUACGAAGCGGCUUCAACCGAGUCGCUCCGCUACCAUGA